GAGAGGAUGGCAUCAAGGUGGCGUUAAUUGGACUCAUCUUCCUGACAUUUCAAAAUGUUUGGAGCAAGCCGGAAGCACUUAUAUAAAGUUUUUCCAGCUGGUGUCGGGUAUCCUCCUAAUCACUAUAAGCUUAGUUUCUCUUCUGUGGUCCCAAUGGUCAAAAAGGAAUAUUGUGACUGUGGUUUCCUUAAUGCACUUGUUCCCUGGGUUUCUGGUUCUAUAUUAUAUCAUUAGAUAUCAAGAACUUUCGUUCGGUACAGGUAGCUAUGAUGCUACUUUAAUGGCUCAGAUAAUUUAUGUCGUCCUAGGUUUCUGUUCAACGACUAUUGUUGUUGCUGUACCAUGGUGUAUACCUCUCCAAAAUCAUACGCUUUCUGUGCAUGAAGUCCGCUUGCCCAGCCAAAGAAAGCUAUUGUUGCAGCAGCCCAUAAACUCAUUGCCUGUACUAACUCUCUUCUUGCAAGUACUAGCUAGCAUUUGGUAUUCUUCCGGUUCCGACCAGCAUCUCAGGCAAUGGGUUGAGGUGGCUGCACUUUAUUAUAUGGGAAUGGCAGGCCAUUUUGGUCUCGGCAACACCAACACCCUAGCUACAAUCGAUGUUGCUGGUGCUUUUAUUGGUGUCUUGAACCACUCGACUAUACUUUCUGGCAUCUUAAUGUUCAUUAUUACAUAUGCUUCACCAUUGUUAUACCUCCUUAGCAUGGUGAUGUACACUUCUGUGAAGGACACAAGUGGUUGCGACAUCGGAUCUUUGCUUAAGAGGACACUUAGUUUUCCUUGUCUGGUUCCGUUGGGCUUGAAUUCCAUUCUUUUGAUUGCUUACACAAUUGUGUUGUUGCUAAUGAGGAAUCAUUUAUUUGUUUGGAGUGUAUUUUCUCCCAAGUUUUUGUACGUUUGUGCUACGACGGUUUGUGUCUGUCUUGGGGUAUCUGUUGUAGCAUCAACUGUGAUCUAUAUUUGUUUGGUCUUGGCGUUCCGUGAAAAGUUGCAGACUCAUACAAACUAGUCUCAAGAAAGAGUAUGACAUACAACUAACCCGAUCCAAGAGGUAUGCCAGUUGCUUUAGCCUUUAACCUGAUCUGAACGUUCCGGGGAAGUUGUGGAUUAAAAGGAAGCAUGCUAUGCCACAAUCUAGCUUUCUCUAUAUAGCGAUCCUUACUUUAACCAGAACAAAUUUGACAGGAAAACUUACACCAUAGCAGUUAAAUGAUUCUUUUUCUGCACAGCAGCCAAAACAGUUGACUCAGAAAACUGAAAAUAUUGAGCUGUAGAUUUUAAUUACUAAUCGAAUUCUUUUUUCUUGCUAUUCUCCUAUAGGUUAGAACAAGUUUUGGCAUUUUCAAUGUAAUAUCUGUGGCAGGUUGACUCUGUGAAUGCACCUUUUAGUCUUGAAAGGCUUUUGUAAAUUGUUGUAUUUCUUUUUA